GGAUGAAGCAAACUUCUGGAUGGGGCCUUCAGCAGUAGAGCCCUUUCGUUUGGGGGUCGCGUAGCGCUGGGCCCUUGCACACAGCGGCCAGAUCUCCAGCCCGCUUCCCCCUGAAGGGAGAGGAAAGGGUGACUUUCCCCUCGGCACACGCGCGCACACACACACACCUGGGGACGUCGGAGCGCCCGAAAAGCAGGAAUAAAAAGCAGGAAAGCGAUGCAGGUGCGGUGGAAGAGCAAGGAACUCCGAGCCCCCGCGGGAUUCUAACAGCAAGGUCCUUGCGCUGCAUUUGGCCAGUGGCUCCCCCUGUCACCUAGGAUGAGUAACUGCAGUAGCCGCGCCCUGACCCUGCUGUCUAGUGUUUUCGGAGCGUGUGGGCUGCUCCUGGUGGGCAUCGCCGUCAGUACUGACUACUGGCUGUUCAUGGAAGAAGGGAUUGUGUUUCCGCAGAACCAGACCACUGAGAUAGUCAUGGCGCUCCACGCUGGCCUCUGGAGGGUCUGCUUCUUUGCUGGUCAGAAAAAAGGCAGCUGUGUUGCUUCCGAAUACUUCCUAGAGCCCAGGCCUGACCCUGAUCCUGAAGGCCCCCUCGUUACGGAGAACACCGAAAACAUCCUCAAAACCAUUCGCACAGCCACCCCUUUCCCCAUGGUCAGCCUCUUCCUCGUCUUCACAGCAUUUGUCAUUAGCAACAUCGGACAUAUCCGCCCUCAGAGGACCAUCCUGGCUUUUGUUUCUGGAAUCUUCUUCAUUCUCUCCGGGCUCUCUUUGGUGGUGGGCUUGGUCCUGUACAUUUCCAGCAUCAAUGACGAAGUGAUGAACCGUCCCAGUGGCUCAGAGCAGUACUUCCAGUACCGCUAUGGAUGGUCCUUUGCGUUUGCGGCUUCUUCCUUCUUGCUCAAAGAGGGUGCAGGCGUUAUGUCUGUCUACCUUUUCACCAAACGCUACGCCGAGGAGGAGAUGUACCGCCCCCACCCAGCUUUCUACCGCCCACGCCUGAGCGACUGUUCCGACUACUCAGGCCAGUUCUUGCACCCCGAGGUGUGGCACCGUGGACGCAGCCCCUCGGACAUCUCCAGCGACGUUUCCAUCCAGAUGACUCAGAACUAUCCACCAGCCAUCAAGUACCCUGAACAUAUGCACAUAUCCACCUCACCUUGCUAGAUGCACCAGAGAACAUGCUGGUCAAGGAAGCCAGCCUUCGCUUGCAGACUAUACUGUCCUACUCCUACCUGCCUAGGAGACUCCUCUACCAGUGGGGGUCGUCUUUCCCUCUCUGAAGACUCUUUACCACCUGCUCUGCUAGAA